AUGCCGAAUCUUAAGAGACGAAAUCAGAGGAGGACCACUUAUCGUACUUCAUUAAACCAAGGCCGGGGCAGUAUGGCCAUGGGAGUCCCUAUUUCUCUGACCGCUGGGGUGGCAAAAGAAUCUUCUCAAAGAAGUGUUGCUGAAAUGAAAAGUAGCAGCGAAAAAGAAAAGAGAGACUUACAAGGUUUGAAUUCAAAGCUUGCCAACCACCUUGAAAAAACACGUAUGCUGGAGGCUGAGAACAAAUACCUUAAAGAUCUUUUAAAUAGAGCUAAAGUUGAAUUUAACGUUGAUGUGAUCAAAAUCUCAUACCAAGAGCAGCUGGAUGACUUAAAAGCACUCCUCGAAGACAAGGAUAAGGAACUUGCAGCUGUGAAGUCCAAAAAUGAAUCGCUUGAAGAAGAAGUUGAAGAUUUGACUGAACAAUUGCGCCAAGUGCAGGACGAGAGAGAUAGAUUGCAAGCCGAAAUUGAUGGAUUACACGAUGAAGUUGCCCGCCGCAUUGCAGACAGCGAGACCAGCAGAAGGAGGACAAGUGAACUGGAGAAGCAACUUGCUGAUUGGAAGAAGAGAUAUGGCAUUCUUGAGGGUCAAAUGGGUGAACUUAGAAUGAACUUACAAAACGAAACUACUCAAAGACUGGAAUUAGAAAACCGUGUAGCGAUGCUGGAAGAUGAACUUGCUUUCCUCAAUGACGUCCAUAGUGCAGAAUGCAAAGAAUAUCAAGCAAUGUUAUCCAGAACACAGAAGAUACCCGACUUCCAAGAAUCAUGGAAGUCCGAAGUUGGAAAUAUGGUUACUGAGUUAAGCUGUGAAUAUGAGGCUCAGUUGCGGCAAGCUACUGAGCAGAUGGAAUGUCGACAUAAUGAACAGAUGCAGAGACUGAAAGCAGGCGCCAAGCCCGAAAUGGUUUCUCAAGUCUCCAGUGACAGGCGUUCACGCUUGGAAUCAAGUGAUAUGUCGGGUCAAGUAGGCGCAUAUGAAGCUCAGACUGACCGGUCCGGAGUAUCUUCGACUGAAAAUAUAUUGAAUACAGUGAGACCAAAUCGGAUGAGUAUGGGUUCAUUUCUGAGUUCUACUGGUGGAUUUCAAACGGACAGUGAGUCUGCACUCGGGAGAGCAUUACAAGCCAGUAAAGUGACUAUGAGUCGCUCUACAACUGGCACUGUGGGCAUCGUUGAAUUAGAAACCGAGGGAAAAUACAUUGAAAUUGAGGAUCUUGCUAAGUUCCCAAGGAGCUCAACUAACAUGAAAAACUGGACAUUGACCCAAAGGCUAGAAAAUGGCAAGACCAACGUCCAUACAUUUACCAAUGGUGAUGUUUUUACUUCUGGUAAAAUGAUGAAAAUUUGGGGAUCAAAAUACGGUGCUGGUCAAGGUGGCAUUGUAUCUUCUGUCUCUGAAUGGGCUACGAUGGCCCUAGCCUCAACAAUUACUUUGAAAGACGACAAAGGCAAGGAAAGCGCUGUCCUCACUAUCAAAUCGAACGCAUGA